UCACCGUGGGAAACCGUUCUAAACAACAUGGCGUCUAGAGUACAGAUUAGAACUAGACUCUAGACGUAUGAUCUAGACUUAGAAAAUAGAUCUAGAUUUUUUUUCAACUUAACAAUUAUGAAAAUCUUUUAACUAAUACAAUUAGAUUCAUUGCAUUUUUUUGUAUCAUUCUUUGCAUGGAACAGUCUAGCAUUUGGGCCGUGCGCCCUAAAAGAAUUAUACAUUCUGGAACUAAUUUUAAUGAUGAAAUGUUAUUGUCUGCAGAUGUUAAGCAUACGUGGGCCGGACCCAUCAAUUCCAAGCUUUACAGUGAGUCAUUAAACAAUUUAUCAAAAGUCACAGAAGCCAAUCUGGCAAGACUGGAGAGAGUCAGAAGUGCACCACAGACAGUUUAUUAUAAAACUCCAGACCAAAUUUUCAUGCAGUCAUCAUGGGCAGAUUACAGUCAUAUGUUUGCACCAAAAAGUGCCAUAGGUAGAUCAAAUGAUGGAGACAGUUCUUCAGUUAGCUCAGUGUCUGGUGCAUCAAAUUUCUGCUACUUGUGCUCCACUUUAGAAGAACACAGGUCACACAUGAAAGUUCCCAAGAAGCUGAAAGUGAACCAACAGCCAAGAAUAAAAUACAUUGCUCCACCUCCUAAAGUUAGAACAAAAAUGAUUGAAGAAGAGCCAGUAGAAAAACUGGACAAUGUUUAUAGGAUUGUAGUAUGGACAGGCGAUCAACCAGGGAGUACAACUGAUGCCAAUGUCUUUGUGACAAUCAAGGGAGACAAAAAUAUUCUUUACAAGAAGCGUCUAUGCAGAGGCAGUGUGAAUAACAAAUUCUGUUUUUGUCAAGGUUCUAAAGAAAUAUUUUACUUGAAGUCACCAACACUGGGGAACUUAGAAUUCCUAACGAUUGAGCAUGAUGGGGAAGAAGAGAGACACAGCUGGUACUGUGAAAAGAUUGAAGUCACAUGUAUGAAGACACACAACAAAUGGAUCUUCAUUUGUCAGAAUUGGUUGUCGCGACAUAAAGGAGAUUUCCUAACCAGCCGAGACCUUGUAGCUGGUCAUUUAAAGAAUCAAAUUGAAGAAUAUGAAGUUGUGGUAAAUACUGGAAAGAAGAAAUUUGCGGGUACAGACGCUCGAGUAUUUGUCACAUUUAUUGGGACGGAAGGGAGAUCACCCAAGAUUGAACUUACAGCAGCCAGAGCAGGAGUCAAAAAAGAUGUUACACUUUUUGAAAGGAAUUCAGAAGAUAGGUUCAAAGUGAAGUUUAGAAAUGUUGGUGAAAUCAAGAAAUUAAGAAUUGAACAUGACAACUCAGGAAUGGCUCCAGGAUGGUUUCUGAAUAGGGUGCUGGUCCAGAAUAUCAGAGACCCCAAAGAGAUCUACUAUUUUAUUUUGGAUGGUUGGAUUUCCAAAGAUGUCGGAGAAGGUCUGCUGUACAGAGAAAUAAAUGCUAAAAGAGAUUUGGCCCCAGAGGUGAAGAAAGCUGCCAAAAAGCCAAUAAUAAUUCAAAAAGGCAAGGAAAUACUUUAUGAAGUUCAAGUCCGCACUGGCAAUGUGAAGUUUGCCGGCACUGAUGCUAACGUUUACAUAAUCAUUGAAGGAACAAAAGGCAGGACUAAGAAACUGAUUUUGGAUGAUGCUAAAAAUAACUUUGAGAAGGGAAUGACGGAUAAAUUCAAGGUCAAAGCCUUUGACACAGGAAGUAUAAAGAGUAUUUACAUAGGUCAUGACAACUCUGGUCCUGGUGCUGGCUGGUUCUGUGAGGAUGUGACUGUUAGAAAAUUUUUAACAGAAGAGGAACAAAAUGAUUUCUUGAGAAAACUGAAACUAAAGACAAGACCAAAAGACAAACACAAGAAAACACUGUCUCAAAAACUUAGAGCCAGAUCUUCAUCUAGACAACGAGACGAUCAGAGUGACACCGACUCUCUCAGUGAAAGUGAUGAGGAUUCUGUCAGUGUUGGCUCCUACAAAGAUGUUUUCAAUGUAGAUGGGAAGCCAGUUAAAACUCCUUUGUAUGAAGAGUACUAUUUUGUAUGUAAAAACUGGAUUGCUUUGGAUGAAAAAGAUGGCUUGCUAGAGAGAGAACUUCAUCCUAAAUCAAAAUCCAUUCAUUUUCAAGACCUUAAGUAAAUGACUUUUUAAAAAAAGUUUCAAUUUGUAAUACAAUAUUAGAAAUCUAGGGGGAUGUUGUAGAACAGUAGUUCCCAAACUGUGCUUCGCAGAACCCAAGUGUUCCACAAGGCUUGAAUCGGUGUUCCAAAAACUUCUGGAAUAAUUAACUAGUAAGCCACCACAUGAAUUAAUCUCUCUAAAAAAAAAUUAGCACAGUGUUCAGUUAAAGAAUCAGAAUGUGCAAAGUGUUCCGUUCCGAAAAAGUUUGGGAAACAUUGUAGUAGAACACAGUUAUGGUCUAGUCUAAACAGUUUAAAAAAUAAUUUUCUCCAACAUUUGUUAUGUAGUUUUUUAACAUUGUUCUAUAGAUCUACAAUGCUAGCCCUAGUUUAUAAAACUUCAUUGCAAUGUAAUACACUCACACCUUUACUGAUAAAAUAUAUUUUCAUUGUUUUACUGCCCUUGUUAAACCCUGCACUGACCUAAAUUAAGUUUUUUAUGAUCUCAAGUUGUUGUUAUGUGCCUUGCACUUGUUUCUAUCUGCAACAUUGUUUUGUUUCUAUAACAGUAUUUAUGUUUUUUAUAUGUUUCUUUCUCUACAUUGCCAUGUAAAAACUGUUGAUGUAUGCACAUAAUAUUGAAUUUCUUCUUUCAUUAGAGUAGCUAGAAUAGCAUAUACAGGAAGGAUAUUUAUAUUAUCUUUAAGAAUAUAUUCUUCAUUUUAUGUGCAUGUCCAUUUUGACUGCAAAUUAAAAAACAAUAAUUAACUUC